AUGGAGGGCGGCGGGAAGUUAGCAUACAGCUACAGCGGCGUGGAGCCCCGCAAGUUCGGGCUCGGCCUCGUCGCCGGCCUCCUCCUCGUAUCCUGCGCCUACUUCUCCACCGUCAAAUUCGACGCCGUCCACAUCGUCAUGAGCAAGCAACCGAUUAAACCACAAGCACAUUCGGGCCUGCAAGAUCAAGGUGCAUGGUCGUCGAAGGAGGGGAGCAAGGCAGAGGUGCUCGAGAAAGAUGGCAACGGCGGCAACGGCAUUUCCUCUUUCGGGCAAGGUGAAUCAGGCAAGCAUCCAUUUGGAGGUCCUGUAAGCUCGCUCGAGGAAAAGCAGAAAGAUGAGACGUUUGCGAGGAAUAAUGGUGAUGCCGCAGGCGUUGCUGUUGUCUCUGCGGACCCACCGGAUCUAGCAGAGGAGGGUGGCAAGGAUGAGGUUCCUGAGAAGGAUGAUGACCCAAGUGCCGUUGCUGCUCUUCCUCCCUUGUCAUCAGAUUCCUCAGACAGCACGCAAGAAUCAUCAGGUGUUCUCGAAGAUCAGGAAUUGCAGGUGCAGAAUGCUAUUGCAGCAGCUGCUAAUCCACCCAAGGAAAUCAAUAGUAUCAGCAGCAACGACAACGGCAGCUCCUCUGAGACUCCGUCUGAUCCAGCUGAAAUCCCUGUUCCUGCUCCCUCUCCAGAAAUUGAGCCCCCUUCUUCUGCUAACGAGAUUUCUGCUACUUCUUCGGAGGUUAAGGCCCCUCCAUUCCAGAUGACUCCACCUAUUCCUGAGGUCAAGCAAACAGAGAAAAAGGACAAUGAUUUAGAUACUGAUCCAACAAAACUAAGAACAAGGGAAAGAGGCUAG